AUUCAGGAUGAGGUUCGUUUUGUUGAUUUCGUUGGCCAUUGGCCUCGUGUGUCACGUGAGUGCAGCUAGUGUUCCUCGUCGCAUUUUGGCGGCUCAAGAGCAGGAAGUGCUGCAAUAUUUGGAGGAAAUUGAGCCAGAAAUUUUGUCCCGUCGUAAUGCUGCCAGUGAAGCAAACUGGGCGUACGAUUCUAACAUUACGGACGAUAACCUGGAUGUGAAAAAUGAGGUCGCAACUGAAAAUGCUGCCUUCUUUAAGCAAUUUUCGGAAUACCUCGCUCAGUUUGACUAUGAAAGAUUUGAGGAUGAGGACCUAAAGCGCCGGGUGAAGAAACUCGUAGGUUUGGGGUAUUCAGCCUUGGCUGAGGAUAAGUUUAGCAAGAUGCUGGAUGCCAUCAACAAUAUGAAGGAAAAUUAUGCUAAAAUCAAAGUGUGUGACUACCACGAUAGUAACAAAUGCGAUUUGGCAUUGGAACCGGAGCUGACGGAGAUUCUGGCCAAUAGCCGGGAUGCGGAGGAACUAAAGUACUACUGGCAGCAAUGGUAUGAUGCUGCUGGUGCACCGACAAGAGAAGACUUCCAAACGUACGUCGAUCUCAAUGCGGAGGCUGCCGUGUUGAACAAUUAUGAAUCUGGUGCUGAAUCUUGGUUGAGUGCUUAUGAGGAUGACACGUUCGAGGAACAGGUUGAUGCUGUAAUUGAGGAACUGAGACCGUUCUAUGAACAAAUCCACGGAUACGUUCGCUACAAGCUACGUGAGUUCUAUGGCGAGGAUGUAGUGUCGGAGAAGGGACCGAUUCCGAUGCAUUUGCUCGGUAACAUGUGGGCUCAAGGAUGGGGAAACAUUGCCGAUAUUACCAGUCCUUUCGGAGAUCGGCAAUUGUUAGACGUGACAGAAGAGAUGGUUCGUCAAGGAUACAACCCAAUCCAGAUGUUCGAAAUGGGCGAUCAGUUCUUCCAGUCGUUGAACAUGUCGAAAGUCCCCCAAACCUUCUGGGACAAAAGCAUCCUCGAAAAGCCGGACGAUGGUCGUGAUCUUAUCUGUCAUGCCAGUGCCUGGGAUUUCUCGAAGCCAGAUGAUGUGCGCAUCAAACAGUGCACCCGCGUGACGAUGGAGCAGUUCUUCACAGUGCAUCAUGAGCUGGGCCAUAUUCAAUACUAUCUGCAAUACCAGCAUCUACCCAGUGUUUACCGAUCGGGAGCUAAUCCUGGCUUCCAUGAGGCUGUUGGAGACGUCCUUUCGUUGUCCGUUUCUACUCCUAAGCAUCUUGAGAAGAUUGGCCUGCUGAAGGACUUUGUGCUGGAUGAGGAAUCGAAGUUGAAUCAAUUUUACCGCUCGGCUUUGACGAAAUUAGCAUUUUUGCCGUUCGCGUACACCAUCGACAAGUACCGAUGGGGUAUCUUCCGUGGUGAUAUUAAGCCUGAGGAAUACAACUGCAAGUUCUGGGAGAUGCGAUCGAAGUACUCCGGAGUUGAGCCUCCAGUAGUUCGAACGGAAGAUGAUUUCGACGCUCCUGCCAAGUACCAUGUGUCGGCCGAUGUAGAGUAUCUACGAUACUUCGUAUCGUACAUUAUCCAAUUCCAGUUCCACCGAGCUGCAUGUGAAAAGGCCGGCGAGUAUGUUAAGGGGGAUCCAGAGAAGACACUGAACGACUGUGAUAUCUACCAGAGCACUGAGGCAGGCAAUGCUAUCAAGGCAAUGUUGGAGCUGGGAUCAUCGAAACCAUGGCCCGAUGCAAUGGAGGUUCUCACAGGAGUGAGACGCAUGAGUGCCGAUGCUCUGAUUGAAUACUUCCAACCAUUGUACGAUUGGUUGGUAGUUGAAAACGAACGCAUUGGAGCUUACGUAGGAUGGGAGGAAUCAGACAGUAAGUAA